AUGCGCCUGGCUCGAACGGGCAGGCUCAAUCAGAGUGAAACCACGGCCUCACAGAAAACCGGCGUGAAGCAACACUUAUGUUGUGUUUUGCCGUGUAUCAUCAGAUGUUUAGAGAUGUUAAACCUGUCACCAUCGAGUUAUCGCAACGUUGAUGCGAGCGAAAGAACAGUGAACACCAAGAAAAUAUACUCGCGACGGCCGUGGUACGCACCGAAAAUAGGACCGCAGGAAAUAUUGAGAGCAGAUUACGAUUCGGACUACGAUCCAGACGAGAUUGAGGAGCCAAGAGAGAAACAGAACGCUGACUACUAUGACCGACCGCAGGAAUACGAAGACCCAGUGACGUCACGCCACGUGGAAGGCCUCACUCAGCUCGAGACCGCUCCUCCAAAACCAAGCUUUGAGCAGUCGCCAACUUCUGCAUCAGUCUCAGAGUUCUCAAUUGCGAAUGCUGUGAAUUUGAGAGAAGCAGUAUUGGUAGCGUUGGGAGGCGCGAGCGCAGCAUUAGUACUGUUGAUCGUGAUGGCGGGAGUGUUCGUAGCGCGCAGACGCAAGAACAGCCCCUCCCCAGUGCCAUCCCCACCGAUCCUGGUCUACCCACCGCAUGAUAUUUCCGCACCGUGCUAUAUGACGAAAGAAGUGAACUUUUCACUUCCUACGCUGCGUUCGUCGUCGCUCGGGGAACUUCGUGACGUAGUCAGCGUCAGCAGCCUUGGAAGUGACGUGCUAUGUCCGCCGGUGCCCCCGCAAAUGCGAUCAAAUUCAUUCACGAACACCGCAGACCUUGGGGUACUGGAUCCAUCACUUUACAAGUCCGACUGCCUGGACGAAGACCUCAUGUGGCCCGAAGGUCAUGUGGGUCGAGUGUGGUUCACUCUGAAAUACGAGGCGGGGACAGAAAGGCUACAGGUGCAUAUUAUAAAAGCGAAGCACCUACCUUCACGCACCCCCGCGCUGGCCAACGCGUGCGACCCUUACAUCAAGAUCCAGUUGAUGCCAGAUGAGAGGCGAGUACUCCAGACGAAACAAAAGAAGAAGACUUGCAAUCCUUUCUUUGACGAGACGUUCGUUUAUCAAAUUCCACCGGGCAAGAUAGAGAGUCUUACAUUGAAAUUAUCAGUCUUGGACGUUGGAAGGGUUGGCAAGGGAAAGCAGCUGAUUGGCCACAUUAUUCUACCAUUGACAGAACUGGACGGUGUAGCGCCUGAUGAAGAACCACAGCUUUAUAAGCUUGAUAUUGAGAAGGAUCUCCAAGAACCGACAUCAGAUCUAGGCGAGAUUCUCGUCUCGUUAUUGUACAAUGAAAACCUACACAGGCUUACGGUCACAGUGAUAGAAGCUCGAGGACUCAAGUUGGAUCCAUCAUCAAGCAAAAAAGAAAUGGUAGUACGAGUGACGCAAGAACGAGCGUGCCGUGGAGUGCGCGCGCGUCGCACUGCAGCUGUUGAGGUGGUUGACGAUGGCAGCGCCUUCGUCUCCGAGUGCUUCCACUUCAGAUUGAGAGCUGAUGAGCUUCACACUACCAGCGUCACGAUACAGGCCUUGCAGCCGCACUCCGUUUAUGCCAAAGACCGACUGCUCGGGAAGUUCGUGUUAGGAUCCUACAUGUUCGCUAGGGGGCGCGCCUUACAACACUGGAACUCAGCACUCGCCGCGCCCAUGGAACAAGUCAAACAAUGGCACCCGCUCACCAAUUAA